CAUCUCCAGCCCAGGACCAGCCCCGCAGCUCCCGGCCUUGGCAUCCCUGGGGCCCAGCAUGUUUCCCUGGAAGAAGACCAUCUACAAGAGUGUGUGCGUGUCCCUAGCCCUUCUGGUGGCCAUAACGGUGCUCCAGCGUGGCCUAGCUCCCGGCCAGUUCUUGCAGGGCCCCGCACCCUCCCCGGAGCCCGGCAAGGUCCAGAAACAUGGCGUGGCCUUCCCCGGCCCCGGCGGCUUCUGGAAGAGCCCCCGGGAAGAGGAGGCGCCGGGCCCCACGGCCGGAGAGGGGCCCCGGUCCUGGGACGUGACGGCCCCCAACUGCACGGCCAACCCGAAUCUGACCCAGGAAGCCUGGUUCCAGAGCCUGGAGCCCCAUUUCCGCCAGUUCCUCCUCUACCGCCACUGCCGCUACUUCCCCAUCCUGCUCAACCACCCGGAGAAGUGCACGGGGGAGGUGUACCUUUUGGUGGUGGUCAAGUCCAUCAUCACCCAGCACGACCGGCGGGAGGCCAUCCGGCAGACGUGGGGCAGGGAGCGGGAGGCGGACGGGGACCGCGGGGCGGUCCGCACGCUCUUCCUGCUGGGCACGGCUUCCAAGGAAGAGGAGCGGGACCACUACCAGAGGCUGCUGACCUACGAGGACCGCCUCUAUGGGGAUAUCCUGCAGUGGGACUUCCUGGACAGCUUCUUCAACCUGACCCUGAAGGAGGUCCACUUCCUCCGGUGGCUGGACAUCUACUGCCCCCGGGUCAGCUUCAUCUUCAAGGGCGACGACGACGUCUUCGUCAACCCCGCCAACCUGCUGGAGUUCCUGGCUGACCGUCGGCCCCAGGAGGACCUCUUCGUCGGAGACGUCCUGUUCCGGGCCAAGCCCAUCCGCAAGAAGGAGAACAAGUACUACAUCCCGGGACCUCUGUACAACAAGCCCAGCUACCCGCCCUACGCCGGCGGCGGGGGCUUCCUCAUGGCGGGGGGCCUGGCCCGCCGCCUCCUCCGGGCCUCCGAGGGCUUGGAGCUGUACCCCAUCGACGACGUCUUCCUGGGCAUGUGCCUGGAGGUGCUGGGCGUGCGGCCCGUGGCCCACGAGGGCUUCAAGACCUUCGGGAUCGUGCGCAACAAGAGCAGCCGCAUGAACAAGGAGCCCUGCUUCUUCCGCUCCAUGUUGGUGGUGCACAAGUUGCUGCCCGCCGAGCUGCUGGCCAUGUGGGAGCUAGUGCAUGGCAACCUCACCUGCUCCCGCAAACUCCAGGUGCUCUAGCCCUUGGCCCGGCCAGGGGCAGGGCGGGGAGACCAGGGAGGGCGAGAGACUGGGGCUCCUGUGGCCCUGCGGGCGGGGCCGGGGGUGCCACUCUUGUCUCUGGUUCAGAGAGGCCAGGGGCGGCCCGGAGGGACUGCGGACCUCUCCUCCGGCUGCAAGGAGGAGCGAUCUGACUGUGCCCGGCCUUCCACCCGGG